CUCGCCGAUCAGUCGGCAGCUGGAACCAAGACGCUAACAACGACCGCGCGGAUUGCAUAGAUCAAUUGUCAUUUGCAUACAGCUGAAAGAUGUUAACGGAAAUUGAGGAGUUGUAUAACUUUAUCUACCCGCUAGCCAUAAGGGCGGGCGAAAUUCUGCUCGAGGGCUACGAGCUGAAAGAGAAGAAUGUGGAUAUUAAGGGUGCAUUUUAUGAUGUGGUCACCGACUAUGACAACAAAAUCGAGGAGUAUCUUAUGGGCGAAAUAUUGGCCAAAUAUCCGCAGCAUAAGUUUAUUGGUGAGGAGGAGACGGCCAAGAACAACAACGUGUCUAAGGAGCUGACAGAUGCGCCCACCUGGAUCAUAGAUCCCAUCGAUGGCACCUCCAACUUCAUUAAACAGAUACCCCACGUAUCGGUUUCGAUAGGUCUCUCCAUCAAUAAGCAAAUCGUGCUGGGCGUUAUGAAUAAUCCAGCCCAGGGCAAGCUCUACACAGCUAAGUUGGGGCAAGGCGCCUUCUGCAAUGGUAAACCCAUUCAUGUCAGCAAUUGUGAGCGUCUGAGGGAUGCCAAUGUGGCCUAUGAGGUGUCUUUACUGCACGUUCACAAAGUGGCGAACAAGCAUAUCAAACGCAUCUAUCAUGUGGGGUUGCAUGCUAGGCGCAUGCUAGCCUACUCCUGUGUGGUGGAUGAACUAUGCAUGGUGGCCGCCGGCAAUUUGGAUGCAUUUUAUAUUGAGGACAUGUACCCUUGGGACUGUGCCGCUGGCUCAUUACUGGUGCGUGAGGCUGGAGGAGUGGUGACACAUCCUUUUGGCGGACCUUUCGACAUAAUGAAACCGGAUUUAAUUUGCGCUGGGACCGAAGAGUUGCGCAAAGAAAUUGAAAACCUGCUCCGCAAGGCGGACCAAGAGCGUUCCGUGGGGGGCGGAGAAGUUUAGAAUGUUAUAAAAAAAAAAAACGUAAUUAACAAAUAUAUAGGGGACAAAAAGAAAAAACAAAUAAAGCUCAGCAAUUAAAA